ACCAGGCACAAUAAGUAUUAGCCCUGGUCCAUCGCUAUCAAGGCCAUUCAUUCAUUUCUUCAUUCACUCACUUUCCUUUGACCUCCGGGAGCGUCUUUAUCCGGUGUUUUGCCUAGCCUUAUUGUUCUUUUGUUUGUUCAUUCCUUUGUCGACGAUUCAUUGAUAGACUCCGGCAGGCGAGCUUCCUUUCGUUCGUCGACGUCCUCCAAGCAAUUCUCACUCAUUUGACCAUAUACAUCUUCUGACAUUGUCGCGUGACGAAGCUUCAUCACACUCCUUGAUAUCAAACAGUGGUUGUUGAUCAGCCGAUCAGCAUAGCUAGCGUACCGGAUACUGGAGGUUGACUUGAUAUUGCGUCUGUUCCGCUCUUUCAGUGAGAUCUCUGCCGGUUCAGCGAUCUCCUAGCCGUCUCAAAGAUGGCGUCUCUACACACAACUAUCAUGCUGUUCCUAGCACAUGUGCUGCUACUUCUAGGGUUGCCCGCGGGCCUCGUCGAUGCCGUACCAUUGGGUCAAGAGACGGGAAUCACGACGAAUUUGGCUGCCAGGGCGGGAUCAGACUAUUGGGUUGGAACUAUCAAGCGACAGGGUGCUGUUGCUUUUGGAAAUGGCACAGACUAUCAGGUAUAUCGUAACGUGAAAGACUUUGGUGCUAAGGGUGAUGGGUCGACGGAUGACACGGUUGCUAUAAACCAGGCUAUUGCAUCUGGGAACAGAUGCGGUAAGGGUUGUGAUUCAUCCACCGUCACUCCUGCCCUCGUGUACUUCCCUCCCGGUACUUAUGUCGUCUCCAAGCCAAUCAUUCAGUAUUACUAUACUCAAAUCGUUGGCGAUGCCCUUAACCUGCCUGUGAUCAAGGCGGCUGCGAACUUUGCCGGCAUGGCUGUGAUUGAUGCCGAUCCUUAUAAUGAUGACGGCAGCAACUGGUACACCAACCAGAACAACUUCUUCCGUGCCGUUCGUAACCUUGUCAUCGAUUUGACUGCCAUGCCCCAGGGAUCUGGUGCUGGUAUUCACUGGCAGGUGGGCCAGGCGACUAGUUUGCAGAACAUCCGGUUUGAGAUGGUGAAGGGUGGCGGCGAUGCAAACAAGCAACAGGGCAUCUUCAUGGACAACGGAUCAGGUGGUUUCAUGUCAGACUUGACUUUCAACGGUGGUAACUAUGGCAUGUUCGUAGGAAACCAGCAAUUCACUACCCGCAAUUUGACCUUCAACGACUGCAACACAGCCAUCUUCAUGAACUGGAACUGGGCUUGGACCUUCAAGUCAGUUGCCAUCAACAAUUGCCAAGUCGGUCUGAACAUGUCCAACGCUCCGCAGAACCAGACUGUGGGCUCUGUCUUGAUUCUUGAUAGUCAACUUACCAACACCCCCACCGGUGUCGUUACUGCUUGGACCGAGAAGAGCAUUCCCAUUGGCGGAGGUGCCCUGAUUCUUGACAACGUUGACUUCAGUGGUUCCAAGGUUGCGGUUGCGGGUAUUACCGGUAACACUAUUCUGGCUGGCGGCUCCGUUGUCUCAAACUGGGUCCAGGGCAAUGGUUACAUCCCUGGCAGCACGAAGCAGAAGCGUGAGGCUUCCGUGACAGUGAUUACUGAAACUGUGACGGAGACCGUCGAGGUCUGCACUCCUGAUUAUACAGAGUCCUCGCAUUCACUGACGGCCCUUCCGUCGGCAUCAGGAGAGAGUCGUACUGCUGGGAUUCUACCGGGUCUUCCAAUUGUGGGCAGUUUGUUAGGCUCUGACUCAUCUGCCACCCAGCCCACUGAAGCACCCACCCCUGAGGUUCCGGAGCCCACUGGUGCUGCCUCAACUCCAGAGGCUGAACCAUCUACUGCUGUUCAGCCAACUCCCAAGCCAUCCGCGCCUGCACCAUCACAGCCAGAGGCUCCAUCCAAGUCCACUGUGACCGGGUCCGUCAUUCCACCCAAGCCGUCCCAAACUGUCCAGGGAUCGUCUUCGGCCGUCCAUGGCACAAACGUCUGCUCCGUCAAAACGGUCACAAAGACUCGCCUACAAACUGCGCUCCCAACUCAUGCUAAGCCCGACUCCCUGCUCGCUGGUGGAAAGGUUUACGAGCGCUCCAAGCCCCUGUACGGCAGCUACGCUGCCUCUUCGUUCAUCAGCGUCAAGUCCGCGGGCGCCAAGGGAGACGGCUCGACUGACGACACCGCCGCCAUCCAGAAGAUCCUCAACAGCGCCACGGAGGACCAGAUCGUGUAUUUCGACCACGGAGCCUACAUCAUCACCGACACCAUCAAGGUGCCCAAGAACAUCAAGAUCACCGGUGAAGUAUGGCCCGUGCUGAUGGCCCAGGGCCAGAAGUUCGCCGAUGAACAGAACCCUAUCCCCAUGCUGCAGGUCGGAGAAGUAGGCGAGACCGGCUCCGUUGAAAUCACCGACAUCGCCCUGCAGACCAAGGGUCCGGCGCCCGGCGCAAUCCUCAUGCAGUGGAACGUCGCCGAGGCCUCCCAGGGUUCCGCCGGCAUGUGGGACACGCAUUUCCGUAUCGGCGGAUCAGCAGGCACCGAGCUGCAGAGCGACAAGUGCGCCAAAACGCCGCAGCAAACCACCACGCCCAACGAAGAGUGCAUCGCCGCAUUCAUGCUCAUGCACAUCACCGAGAAGGCCAGCGCUUAUAUCGAAAACUCCUGGUUCUGGGUCGCCGACCAUGAGCUCGACCUCCCCGACCACAACCAGAUCAACGUCUACAACGGCCGCGGCGUCUACAUCGAAUCCCAAGGCCCCGUCUGGCUCUACGGUACCGCCUCCGAGCACAACCAGCUGUACAACUACCAGGUCACCAACGCCAAGAACGUCUUCAUGGGCCUCAUCCAGACCGAAACCCCUUACUACCAGGCUAACCCCAACGCCCUGACCCCCUUCACCCCGCAGACGAAGUGGAACGACCCCGACUUCUCCUACUGCAAGACCGACGGCUGCCGCAAGGCAUGGGGUCUGCGCGUCCAGAACACCUCGGACAUGUACGUGUACGGUGCCGGGCUGUACAGUUUCUUCGAGAACUACGGCCAGACCUGUCUGGCGACGGAGUCCUGCCAGGAGAACAUGGUUGAGGUCGACUGCUCUGACGUCCACAUCUACGGACUGAGCACCAAGGCUAGCACGAACAUGAUCACGUCGAACAGCGGCGCCAGUCUGGUUCCCCAGGAUGAGAACAGGAGCAACUUCUGCUCGACUAUUGCGCUGUUCGAACAAUCGUAAUUUUUCUCUUUCUGUCUGCUGUUAGAUCAUUUGCCUUUCUGUUGUGUCCCUCUUGCAUAAUGACUAGACCUUUGCUUUCUAUCGAGUGGGUGUAAAUAUUCGAGCCCGGGGAUGUGUGGUACACUGUAAUGGACUUGGUUUACCUGUCUGUAUGGACACCUGGUUGUACGAGUCACGACGCGAUAGAAGGAUCGGCUCGCACGGGACGCACUGCUUUUUGUUGUUCUUUCUGUGGAUACCACUUUUUUUGUUCAAUCGUCAAUUAGACUUUUGGUUCGAUAUUAAUCCGAAAUAUGUCCCGGUAGGAUACCGCAUUAAUUACGUCAU